UCUUCCGUCAAAUCCAAAUCUCUCCGGGAAACAGGUGGCGCGAAGAAGAAGAUGAGAAGAGGUUUGCUGCUGGUAACUCUGUGUCUGGUCAUGAAGCUCCGAUGCGGCCAGUCCAGAUGCGAGGAGCCCGGAUCGCGUAGACCACCAUCAGAUACCAUAGGUUAUGGGAAACUGCAGCGAAACGUUAUAAAGAGGUACAACGACUUGGAUUAUGACAGUUUUGUGGGUCUGAUGGGCAGAAGAAAUACCGAUGCCAACUCUGUUCCAUCACCAGAUAAAAGAGAGAUGCAUGACAUUUUCGUGGGUCUGAUGGGGAGGAGAAGUUCAGAGCCUGAUAAUGCUCCCUGGAGGAGAGAGUCCCCAGAGAGGAGAGGCAUUUUCCUCAACAAGUGUAGACUGAGGUUUCGCCGGGGGCUAUAGACGGCUUAGAUGACCAGAGAUGGAUAAGAUGACUGGAGAUCACAGAUAAUACAAAAAAAGCAAAAAAACAAAAAAGAAAAAGAAAUGUCUGAUUGUGUCAAAGAUAAGGCCACACCUACCAUGGUUUAAAUCAUACAUACAAUUUGCUAUUGCUUUGUCGGGAGAGAUACUUAAUCAACAACAACAGCUGAUAUCAUUUAUUUCUUAACCGUCAUAUACCUUUCUCCAAAGUUGAAAAUAAAUGUAAUUUUUGUAAAUAAUUUAAAAGAUUUAACAUUUUCUUUGAUUAUUGCUGCAACUGUCUGCUGACUCGACUCCUGGCAGAUGAUGCCACACACCGUACAAACUGUCACUAUGAAUGGAUCCGCUGCAGUAAUCCAUAUAACACUGUAUGAUGUUGUAUUUUCAUCAACUAUCGUUUUUAUCGGCUGGCGCCCCAUUUGUUAAACAGCGGCCCAGUCCAACUGCACCGGAUAAAUGGGGAAUACAAAUAUCAGGGCAUCCCUAAUCACAUGAUGAUAAU